AAGAAUUAAGUACAUUUAUAACAUGUAUGGGACACACCUUUCGGAUUACAGGAAAGAGCUUGUAGGAGUUCUCGAAUCAUUCUAUUAUGCAGAAGUGUGUUUGUUCUAUUUUGGUGCCAUUUAGUCUUCCCAAAAAGUGCUGUACUUGUCACCUCGCGGUGGAAAUGUACAAUGCGAGAAAUGACUCUUGCGAAACAAAAACAAGAAGGCGUUGCCACGUGAUGUAAUAAGAAGUCGUUGUUUAACGCACGCAUUCCUACACGUUGCACACCCUUGACAGCAGAACAAUCGGAGGUAUAUAUUCUUGAAAUGAUGUGAUUUACACCCAUGUUUAUUUUCUCUUAAGCACAUAGCAGCCAAGGGGCACACAAUCGUUAAGUGUGCCAUUGUGUGUGUGAGCGUCCGGGUGUUGCGAGAGAACAGCAGCAGUGUGCUCACACACCGCCUCACCAGCACACGACCUCGCACGCUCCUUGUGGGCCGGAUGACGUCUCUCGGUUUCCUAAUCUGUCUCCCGCCCUCCGAGGCUUUAUACGCCGCAGUAAUGAGCGAAGCGGCUAAGUGAUAUAUCUGCUUACACUCGCGGACGUCACAUCGGCUUUUAUCUUCGACUCCCGGCAGCCUGGCGAAUUGAACAAUCGAGCACAAAGUGGACGUAGUGAUGGAGACAAUGACUUACCCAAUGGGUGGCGGGGCCACCAAGCUGUACAGCGCCUUGGCUCACACCCUCAGCAGCAGUGGCGGCAGCAGCCGUCGUGUCCCCCUCCCUCUGACCCACUUGGACCCCUACCAGCCAGCGGACACAAUCUUGGAUCCUGAUUUCUGCCAGGAGGAGCAAAAGGGGUCCAGUUUGAGUCCCCUCGAUCCAGCCCAGGUUCUGCAGCAGUGCGAGGAGGCCCUUAGCGAUCGACCGGCGCGAUUCCGCAGAACUUUCAUUCGACCCUCGAAUGGCAAUGGCGACACCAUUCGGGUGAUGCAGUGGAACAUUCUGGCCCAAGCUCUCGGUGAAGGACUUGACAGUUUUGUGCUGUGCCCUCCGGAGGCCCUCACCUGGUUGCGAAGGAAGUACCUCAUCCUAGACGAGAUCCUCACCUACCGACCUCACAUCCUGUGCAUGCAGGAAGUGGACCACUACUUUGACACCCUGCAGCCGGUUCUGGCCCGUCUGGGUUACAGCAGCAGGUUCUGUCCCAAACCUUGGUCGCCGUGUCUGGACGUCGAGGGCAACAACGGCCCUGAUGGCUGUGCGCUUUUCUUUGAUGAGUCGCGUUUUGAGUUUUUGGAAUGCGUCAGCUUGCAACUCUCUGCAAUGAUGAUUCCGACUAAUCAGGUCGCUUUGGUGAUGAUGCUGCGUUGUCGAAGCACAGGCAGAUGCGUGUGCGUAGCCGUCACCCACCUAAAGGCCCGCUCCGGCUGGGAGUGGCUCCGCAGCGCCCAGGGCUCGGACCUCCUUCGUCAAGUCCAGAACGUGGUCCAGAAGCACGCGGUCAGAAUAUCGGCGGGCUCGGGUUCCCAGAUCCCUCUGAUCAUAUGCGGGGAUUUCAACGCAGUCCCAAAUGAGGAGGUGUACUGUCGUUUUGUCACGUCUCCUCUUGGCUUGGACUCGGCUUAUAAGAAACUCAGCAAAGAUUGUUCUUCAGAGCCGCGGUAUACGACAUGGAAGAUUCGCCCUACGGGGGAAUGCUGCACCACUCUGGACUACAUUUGGUACACUACGGACACUCUGAAGGUGGCCGCCGUCUUGGAUAUGCCCUCGGAGAAAGAGAUUGGACCCAACAGGCUUCCAUCCUUCAGCUAUCCUUCAGACCACCUUUCUCUAGUUUGUGAUUUCAGCUUUAAGGAGCACGAGUGAUUCGGUGGACAACGUGCAAUAUCAUAGUGGGCCUGGGAACCUGUCCAACACCAACAACGAGGAAGAAAAGCAACCAAAUCUUGGAACUACGCGGAAACAUUUUCUAACCUUUGAACGUUGACAUUUCUUGCAAGAGCUUCCAGCGCUCUACCGUCAAGUGUGCUCUGAUGGACAAAUGUGCGCACUAAAUCCUGACAGAAUUUGACUGAUACUCUACCACAUUGUUAAGUGAACUGACUGUAAUAAACAAUUUUGUGAUCAUUUUUUUU